AUGGUGCACAAAGCCAACCAGGUUAUCGAUAAUGUGGACUCAAUCGUGAAGGACAAUACAAUCAGAGCGAUAGUGCGGCAACUGAUAUCGGAAAGAGUCAUGUCUGAUGCGAAUGGGGAGCUUCUCAUAACGCAGAGAAAUGAGCAGCUUAAAAUGAUACAAGGACUCGCUUGCCUAACAAGAGAUGACGUCCAGCGGCAAACUCAAGUUGCGGUCGUUUUAAGCGCUGUACAGGCAAGACAUGUGAUCGACAAGUUGUGGAAUAUGCAGGAAAAAUUGAUGACCGUUCUUACUCGGUUGAUUGGAAGUGGUGGUUAUGCAUUCGAUGCUUUCUGUUCUUCCUAUGGACUUGAAGGCACAUUGGGAGAAAUGAGCAGCAAAUUGGCGAGCCUUAAUCUUCUAUCAGAAUCUCCUUCAAACGUAUGCGGUGAUCGGAACGUGACAUUCGAUCUGACAUUCACAAUGCUGACAAGAAUAGUUUACAAAUACAGUAAUCUUUCUCUGGACGAACUGGUAACAGAUCCAAGAGGUGGCCCGGACAAUACUGCAUGUGCCUUCUACCAAUGGUCAUCGCGAUACGUAAAGCGGAUAUCUUCCCAUGGACAGGAAUCCUUUGAAAAUGACGUACCGCUAGUUCCUCCUGAACUGAAAGCAGCUUAUAAAGAAAGAGUUCUCCGUCUGAAAGAGCGUCAACUGUUCUGGGAUCCUGUCGUAUGCAAUUAUGGGCAGCUUUUACAUGAAAUGCCGAUUGUCGGAGAAGUCAUCUUGGAUUUUUUCAAAGACAGAAAACACAUCGAAGAGGAUGUUUCCCCUUCUUCUGAAGCACGCCGUCAAAUGGCUCGGUGUAUAAGAAUGGUUUUGGAGGAGUGCGUCCCGGACGAAAAAGAAGAGAAAGACAGGUGGUUGUUCACGCGAAUGGUAUGUCGAAGACAGUUGGAAGAGAUGUGUGAAUGUGAUUCUAUUAUUCCGCCUAUGACUAUUACCUUAAUGGCUAUUGCCAAAAGGUCAUUCCCAAUUUUGCACAGGAGGCAGGUACCGGAUAAGGAAAUGUUGAAGAAAGCGUGGCUGUACGCUCAGAGGCAGAACUGGGCAAGUCCCAAUGUUUUACAUCUGAUCGAUCACUGCAACAGGGCAGGAGCACACAAAUCGUGGUUUGAGUUUUAUAUGCAUCACAUGAUGAAAUUGCGAUGUCCAGAUGUGAUGAACCGUGCCAUAGAAACUAUUUGUGCGUGUCUUUUGUUAGAACCCCAAGAAACGCUCAUCACUGCGUGUGUGUUGAUGGUAGAUUUUAUGAUGGAUAAAAAAGGCCAAGUGCAGUUUGAAGUGCCUUAUGUGGUUCCGCUGGUGAAACUUCUCACCCAGGUAUUGUUGAUGUCCGUGUGGAUUAUAGAUAGAGAGUACAAGAGAGUGAAUAACUGGAGAAUCAGCGAACCAAAACAAAAAAGAGCGAGAAUGUCAGGCGAAGCACAAAGUUCACUUUAUCAGCCUAUCAGUUCUGUGUGUCAUAUAGUUCGAAUGAUUGCCAGUGCACCGGAGAGCGAAGCAAAACAACUGCUUCUGCCUUACCUAAAACACUUGUUGUUCUUCCAACUUGCUCGGCUGGAACCAGGUUCUAUAUCCUUCGAGUUGUUUUCUACGUUCUGCGAUCCCACAAAUGAGGACCAUGACCUAGAGAAGCUGAAAUUCCUUUGCUUAUUGCGAAAAUCUGGUGGACUGUAG